AUGGCCCUGGAAAAUUUGACUGAAGACGAAAACCAUAAAACUGUCCAAGAACUGUUCUGCUCGGCUGAAUUUGUCAGAGGAGUAGAGAGCGAGCUUAUAUUUCUUUCAGCUCUAAAUAUGUUUCUUUCCGUCACUGCAUUCCUGGGGAACACUCUGAUCCUAGUUGCUCUACACAAGGAAACUUCACUUCAUCCGCCGUCCAAACUCCUGUAUCGUAACCUAGCGAUAACUGAUCUCUGUGUUGGUGUCAUUGUGGAGCCUUUGUUUGUGACUUAUUGGACUUCUGUUGUGAACGAAAGAUGGGAUAUUUGCUUUUACGCAGAUUGGGCAAUACGUUUCUCAGGUUUUUUUUUGUGUGCAGUAUCUUUAUUAACAGUGACAGCAAUAAGCGUGGACAGACUUCUCGCCUUGUUGCUGGGGCUCAGAUACAGACAAGUUGUAACUUAUAGAAGAACAUGUAUAACUGUGUCUGGUGUUUGGAUUUUUUCCAUCGUCAUAGCAUCUAAUUUCUUUUUUAAUCGUUGUAUAGCUUUAUGGUUUCAAUACAUAGGUACAACUUUGUGUCUGGUCACCACAAUCUUCGCUUACGCAAAUAUUUUCGUUACUCUGCGUCAUAACCAAAUUCAUGUUCAGAACCAUGUUGCUCAAGGACAACCGAGCCAAGCAAUUCCAUUGAACAUAGCUCGAUACAGAAAGGCAGUGUACAGUGCACUGUGGGUGCAGGGAACUUUGGAUAUUUGUUAUCUUCCAUAUAGUAUAGCGGUCGUUUUGACACCUCAGAGAGGGAUACCUUUAUCGAUCUACCUUGCCAGGAAUUUCACAGUUAGCAUGGUUUUCUUAAACUCGUCAUUAAACCCGUUGUUGUACUUUUGGAAGAUCAGAGAAAUAAGGCAAGCUGUAAAAGAAACAUUAAGGCCACUCUACUGUAGAUCGAGUUAGUUUUUUACUGUUUCCAUCCGUUGAUUCGUGCUAUUUAAAACUUGUUUUCAAGGUAGGUAGGGUGAAAUUAACUGAAUUUAACGCAGUUAACUGUAAAUGUAAGCUUAUUUUAAGAAACUAGGGAAAUCAGCAGUUUUUUGGGGGGUUUCAAGGGAAACGAAUAUUAUUUCUGUUGGUUUAACGAUGUUAUGGUUGUUGUUUAGUGGCAUGAAAUGUUAACGGCCUUACGACACUGUUACGAAUAAAUAGAUAGCAAAGAAGCAAAUAGUAUGUCAAUAUGUUUAUGAUCAUAUUUAGCAAUACAACAACUUUGCUCGUUCAUCACUCUUUUUUCGUACAUUCUUUUGCCGUCGUUGCACGACUACUACGUGAAAGUGCCUCUGAUUUCACGUUUUUUGGAGGACGUGAGCUUCUUUUUCUGAAUUUCGAUACAAGUCAUGUUAAGAAUUCACCUCCGGAAAAAAUUGCCAAGGCAAGCUGUAAAAGAAACAUUAAGGCAACUUUUCUGUCGAUUGAAUUAGUUUUUUACGCUUUCCAUAUGUUGAUUCGUGCUCUGAUAUUUUCCACUGUAAUGUAUUGUAUUGUAAGCUUAUUUUAAGAAACAAGGCAUAUCAUUGUUUGUUCAAGGGAAACUUAUAUUGUUCCUGCUGGUUUAAAGAUGUUAUGGUUGUUAUUUAGUGGCAUGAAGUGUAAAUGGCCUUACGAAUAAAUAGAUAAUAAAGAAACAAUUGAAAUAGGAUGUCAAUAUGUUUAUAUUUAGUAAUAAAACAACUUUGCACGUUCAUCACUCUUUUUUGUACAUAUUUCUUUGCAACCGUUGCACGACUACGACGUGAAAGUUACUUAUUUCACUUUUUUGGAGGACGUGAACGACUUUCUUUUUGUUUUUCUGAAUUUCGAUACAAUACAGCGUUUAAGAAUUCACCUCCAGAGAAAAUUACCAACGUUUGACGAAUUGAACGAGAUGGAAUUAGUGCGACCAAUUGACUAAAGAGUAGAUGGGCGGAUUUUAUCAACAGAGGCGAAUAUAAAAUUUCUCAUAAUACUGCUGUACCGUUUUGAAUAUGUCCAGAGGCGGGCUUUUCAUCGAAUUUCCCAGCUUUAGAUACCCGUAAAAUUUGUGGGAGGACAUUGUACUCCGUUACACUGAGCAGGAAGAAGCCAUGUCCAGUAGGUCCUAGUGUGUGUACAGCCGACCCCUGCCCUCUUUUAAAAAACAAAUCUCUCUCUCCCUAUUUUUUCUAGGGGGAGGAACGUCUCUACUCAGGCUAUACUUUCUAGUAGGCCCAAACAGAACUCAAGUGUGUUAAGGUUUGGAUUUUUUAUUAUAGAGGACCCCCAGCAAAGUUUUAAGAUAUCACGCUUGCAGCUCGUAAGAAAAAGUUUGUUUCAGUCGUGAAACUGAGAAAAAUUAACAUUUGACGUGCCCUCCAAUGGGGUACAUUUGUAUAUUAAAACUUCGAAACUCUUCGAAUGUCAAAAUGGCCUUAAGACCGUUCUCAACACGUUUCCGCCUUUUUAAGCGAAAUUCAUUCUAUGCCUUAUCAGUUAUUAGUAUAUUUGUUAAGUCGUUUGACCUGUUUUACUUAACUGAUGGUUUCCGACAGCACAUGGACAUGAUUAAAAGGCGACAUUCUUAAGCCCUUACUAGGAGCCAUAGUAAUACGAUAAAGUAAGGCGAAUACAAUUUGACUAAGUACUCCCCAUUUUCAGAGACAAGUUUUGACCGUUACGUGGCAAAAAUGAGUCACGUGACUGAGACUUGAAAAGCUCAUCAAAUGAAUGUAAACGUGGAAAGGAACCUGUUUGCCAAGUUUCACAAAGAUGGAGGAGAGGAAUGUUUCUCCUUGAAAUCAAAAUCCACCGAAUUCGUGGUUGAGUCAAAACCUUAAUACGCAAGAAAAGGAGAAGGGUGGCUCCAUCAACUGACUUUCAUAUCUCUUGAUAGGAAAAUAAAUAAAGUUGGAUAAAUUAAAAUUUUCACUGAGUGACUAAUGAGAUCUAUUGAUUGUCUCGAACAUCAAAACAUGGCUCGUUGCAUCACAGGUGUUGGAGUGCUAAAAGCUAUGCCUCGUACUCCUGACUUUAUCGCUUACGACUAAUUUUGGGUACAAAGUACACAGUAGUUUUCUUAAUUUUGGUGUUUUACACGAGUUUUAGUUUAUUUUUUGGUAUAUUGGAAGGUUUAUUUCGGGUAAUUUGGUAUCUUACUACCCCUCUGGUCGACCCUGUUUACUCAUGUCGCUAUUCAUAACAAUCAGUACUCGGUUUGGUCGCGCCAACAUUUUUCGUGCUCUCGUUUGGCUUUUGUAUCUUUACUUGAGGUUACGUCUAGCGCCAGUAUAAAUUGUUACUGAGUAGUAAGGCUAGCAAAAGCUUGAAAUAAUCAGUAAUAUUGCUGCGUUCUAUAUCAGUUGUUGUUAUACACCAGAUGUGAUGGAGACGAAAAAGCAUCGAGAGAAAUCGAUGUCCAUGUGACUGGGUAAGAAUUAAGGUUAUAUUAAUAACACAUCGGUCGUCAGUCCAGUUGGUAAAAGUACCAUUUUGAAGGUCAAACAUAUUGGCUUCAAAAAUUAGGAAUGCUUGUAUCUAAGAAGAUGAACUGGGCAUUAAAUACAUGCCUUAACUUUUGUAUUUUGCCUAACACAGGUGUCAUGCAAGCAAUAGCAAAAAUUCACCUCAUGAGCACAUAAUAUUUUGCAACAAAAGCAAGCAUUGUACUUUGUAAUAUACACCAGAAGGGAUGUUAAUUAAUUAACGUAGAAAGGGGAACAGGAAAAAAAAGUAUAUCCAUGUUAAUUCCACGCAAAAAAACUUGCGUACUAAAGGAAGAUGCUGUAGGAUGAAAGCCAGGGCCGAGUUGUUCAAAGCGGGGUUAAGAUAACCCAGGGUUAGUGCGAGAUUUGAAUUUAGUUGUGAAAGCUUGAAAAGCUUUUUAGUUUUAAUUCCCUUUGUCUACAAGUUGAUGAUUGGAAGCUAAAAAAUAACAGAGACAAUUAUCCAAGAAAAUGCUUUUGAACACAAGCCAAAGAAACUCGGGAUAAAUUUAACCCCGGUUUAAGCGCUAAUCAGCCUUCGAACAAAUGGGCCCAGGAGAAAAACCCCAGAAAAAAAGUAUGCAAAAAGAACCAAAAAAAUUACAUGCUACGCAAGAACUCUCCCAGCCCCCCAUGCUUCGCCGAUGGCGAUUUUAAUCAGUAAUUUGCGUGUUUUUAAAGCAAUAAUCACCAUUUCUCUCGCUAAAACUAUCGUUCAGUUUCUAUGAAAUCUCAUCCUUCGCGAAGGACUCAAACAGUCUCUAUUUUUCAGCCUUCCGACACUCAGUUGUUUAUAGACUAAGCUCAAUAAAAAGAAAUCCGUUUGCUGAUAAUGGCCAGUUUCCUAACCAGAGGAAGGAGCCUUGUAAGGAGAAUUCGUAUAAUGAUAAUACAGUGUUUACUACCAGGAGCCAUUAUCGGGUACCCUGUCGUCGCUGCCUAAGCUCCCUUAUUUGGGGAGCUUAAGUAACGACGACAGCAACGAGAACGGCAAAUAAGUAAUAGGCUUAGAUUACGAAAACAACAACUUUGCAUGUACACUGUACGUGAAAAGUUGUUGUCACCCUUUUUUGAACAUUUAAUUCUUUGCCUUCGCUGUACGAGUACGGGUACGAGAGCUUCAGAAACUCAUUAAUAAUUCAUAAGAAAAAAAGGCGGGCUAAGAGGUCGCUACGAAAUGACCUUGAAGUUACCACUUUUUUGAGAAGGGUUGUCGGAAAAAGUGCACGCGACAAACCCGAAAGGCAUUGUGGGUGGUUUUGAGUUCACUGUUCUUCAGAGAAAUUUGAAAGAAUUGGCAGGAAAGGCCAUGAAAAUGUGUUUGCAACUGCUAACGGAAAGCAACAAAAGUAGGAUCGACAGCUACAGUUGUCAGGAACAGUAUAUCGAUCAUAUCCCAUAUUGCCUUUCGGGAUUGUCGCGUGCACAUCUUUUCCGACAACCUUUCUCGAAAUAGCUGUAUACAACUGCCAUACUGCACUGUGGAAGAUCUUUAUCAAUGAACCAUUACCGCAGUGUACAGUUUCAUUUAAGUGUUGUAUUAUAUGAAUAAGACUCUGAGUGGUUGCUGAGUGACCGCUUACGAGGAAAGGUCUAGUUGAGCACCUAAUCCCAAAAGUGGUCAUGAUCGCUUGCGAGAGUGGUCGCUUACGAGAGCUUCUCAUUACGAAGUUUUUAAGUCACAGUUCAAAUCUGAGCAUCCCACGCAGACGUUCUUAGGGGUUCGUCACGCGUUCCUGCCAGACAAACCCCUAAGAAAGUCCACGUGGCAGGCUAAGUUCAAACGGGAUUUCAGAAAGUUGGUCGUAACUAGAGCUGGUCGCUUGUGAAACGAGAGUGGUCGCAAGGAGAGCUUCAACUGAUUUGUAUCAGAAUUAACAUAUCCGUCAUAUAGCUAUAAGAAACGUUUGUUGUUGUUAGUGGUGAAGUUAUCAUUUUACAUCUUUAUAAACAACAUAAAUAGCAGACAAAUAACAGACUUUCAUUACUACUGAAAACUCUUUAAAUUCGUUAGUGAGUUAGUUUCAACACGCUCAUUGGGGGUUCAGUGUCAGCUCGAAACACUUCCUUCUUUUUGCUAAACCCUGACUACAGCUUUUAAGAACAAAAUAAAACUCAUCUCUUUUGUUUUUGUUUAAAACACGGAUCGUGAUAAUUUCAGGAGAAUUAGCAAAUAAAAUAACCGCGUCAAAGCACUUGCACUGAGAUGGUCAUGACGUUUUCGUGCGAUUUCCCUUUUCCCUAAUUGAGUCCAUGGAUAAUAGAAAGACUUUCUAUUAUCCAUGUUGAGUCCUAAUUGUUGUAAACAUGUGGAUAUCUUUUUUCAGCCAUCUUAACCAUACGCAUGGUCACGUAGCGCAUACACCUGAUUGCAAUGAUGAUGUCUUAGAAAAAUGGCAGCCUAGUCCCAAGGCGUUCUCUCUUGCCCCGUUGUCUGCGCGAAGUCUGGGAGAGAGUGGGCGAGAUUUCUCGGCGUGUAUCUCUCGGUGACGUCAUAGCUCACGGUAGAGUCCAGGAUUGACCGAGCUGAGAACGCCUAGGGACUAGGUUGGAAACAUGGUAAAGGAGAGAUGAAAAUAGAAAAAGCCAAUUAUAGGCGUUUUGGGGGCACAUAAGCGGAGACAGUGCGCCUAUGUUGAAAAUAUAUUCACCAUAUAUGGUGGUUUAACGGUAAUCCUAAUUAAAUAAAUUUGCUUUUUGCAUUUUUAAUUUCAGUUCCUUUUAGCUGAUUUAACUAUGACAACGCUAUUGCAAUUAGGUGUAUAUAUAUAUAUCGCUUAAUUUCUGGAUAGUAAACUUUAAAAAAUCUUGAGUUCUCGAAAUUUCCUUCAGAUUACUGCGAUGUCAAGUUACCAAUGCGCCGCCAACAUAAGACAUAAAAACUUAUUAAAAUCAUCCGCGAGUUUAAGUUUCACCUGUGAGACAACUUUGGUCGACAAAUUAACUUAUAUAGCCCGUUUAAGCAAAUAGUCGUGACUGUAGAGAUGUCGAAAUGAUAUCAGCUUUCAAGCAAAUUCAAUUAUAACAUAGCUAGAAAAUUCGCAUAAUCAAAUUCAAUAGGCGAGCGUGUUCGUAUUCUUAUUGAGCACGCUGGUGACGUCAAUAAACUAUUCGUAAUUCCUUGAGUUGUUGUGAGCUUAGCAAUCUUGAGUCUUGCAUCCAUGACUCAGCAGUACACGAUGAAGCGUUUACCGUGUGUUUUAAAAGGAAAUUUAAGAGAAAACGUUUAAAUUUGUUAACGAAAGAAAAGAGGUGAGUGUUGUUGUUGUCAUCUCGGAGUCCGCGAGUCCGCAAUUUUUCGGUGAAUUAAUAGUUUUCCGGCACCUAAAUAUGGAUUUUACAAUCAUUUUAGAGUACACUUUCUCUCUCUCUCAAAAAUAUAGUCACGUAAACAUUGACGCGUACGUAUAUACUGCUUUGAGCGCGGGCUACAAUUAUACUUUUAAAAGUUAACUGCUGCAUUGAUCGCUUUGAUAAUGCUAUAAAACAAUUAGUUUAUGCUUCAGCAGUGCGUAUGUCGAGACUUGGGAAGUUCGGAGAGCACUCAAAAGGCUAGAGUUGCUCUCGGCUGCGCCUCGAGCUACUCUUACGCCUCUUUAAUUUUGCGCUCUCCAAACUUCCCGCGAGCUCAAUAUCUCGACAUACGCACGCUGACGCAUGAACUAAAAAUUAAAAUUCAGCAAAAGAUAAAAUAAUAAGAAACACGUACCUCAAAAAAGUGAAAGAAAAAGUUAAGUACGAAGACGAUUCGUCUUAAGUUUUUAAGCACAAAACUCCGCUGAACUAAAUACUCUUAUUAUUAUUAGUAUUAUUUUCAUUUUCUUUGAUGGGAACAACGCACUUCUUGAAGCGUGCGGCCUUUUCCUUUAAUUGAUAAAGUUAAGAAAAUCUUGAAUUGGCCCACUGAAAAGAAAAAAAGUCGAAAAUGUGAAAAAUAGCUAGACACGAGAGAGCAGAAAGAAAAUCAAUCUUAUCAGUAUUCGGUUGGUCGUGCUCUCAUUUUUGGUGCUCUCGUUUGGCUUUUGUAUCUUUACUUGAGGUUACGUCUAGCGCCAGUAUAAAUUGUAGAGUAGUAAGGCUAGCAAAAGUUUAAAAUAAUCGGUAUAUUGCUGCCCUCUACAUCAGUCGUUGUCAGUAUACACCGGACGUGAUGGAAACGAAAAAGCAUUGAGAGAAACGACAGGUGUCCAUACUGGGUAAGAGCCAAGGUUAUAUUGAUAACACAUCGAUCAUCAGUCCAGUUUGGUAAAAGUACCAUGUUGAACGGCAAAAAUAUUGCCUUUCCAAAAAUUAGGAAUGCUCGGUUAUCUAAGAAGAUGACCUGGGCAUUAAAUACAUGCCUUAACUUUUUUAUUCUGCUUAACACAGUUGUCAUGCAAGCGAUAGCAAAAAUUCACCUCAUGAGCACAUAAUAUUUUGCAAAAAAAGCAACCAUUGUGCUUUGUAAUAUACGCCAGAAGGAAUGUUAAUUAAAGAACGGGGGAACAGGAAAAAAAGUCUAUCCAUGUUUAUACUACUACAGGAGAAAUUUCUGCAAUUUGAUUGGCUUAGAGCAGUAGUAUUUCAGCUUAAUUUGAAAUACCUACAUGUGAAAAUUACAAACCUUUUGCGGGUAGUAGUAUAAACAAAUAAUAGCAUGGUUUGUACGUGAUAUUUGGCAUAAAUACCACUCAUGAUAUUUCAAAAUUGCCUCAAAUUUCACUCGCCUAAAGGCUCGUGAAAUUACGUGUAACAAUUUCGAAAUAUCACUCGUGGUAUUUAUGCCAAAUAUCACUACAAAUCAUGCUAUUACCUAUACAAAUUCCACGCGAAAAAAACUUGCUUACUACCAGAGGAGGCUGUAGAACGCAAGCCAGGGGAAAAACCCUAGGAAAGAAAACAUGCAAAUAGAACCCAAAAAAAAAACAAAUUACAUGCUACGCAAAAACUCUCGCAACACCCCCCCCCCCCCCUCCUGUCCUUGCUUCGCCGAUGGCGAUUUUAAUGAGUAAUUUGCGUGUUUUUAAAGCAAUAAUCAUCAUUUUUCCCGCUAAAACUGUCGUUCAGUUUCUAUGACAGCUCAUCCUUCGCGAAGGACUCAAUCAGUCUCUAUUUUUCAGCCAUCCGACACUCAGUUGUUUAUAGACUAAGCUCAACAAAAAGAAAUCCGUUUCCUUAUAAUGGCCAGUUCCCUAGCUAACCAGGGGAAGGAGCUUUGUAAGAAGAAUUCGUAUAAUGAUUAUACGGUGCCAGUCAGUUCCUUUUAGCUGACUAACCAUGACAACGCUAUUGCAAGUAGGUGUAAAUAUAUCGCUUAAUUUCUGGGACGGAGUGAUGGGUCAAGUUUUUAGUAAACUUUAUUAAAAAACCUUGAGUUAUUAGCCUGAAUUUCAUCCGAUUACUUCGAGUUGUUAUUAGUCUUAUUACUCCCUCGAGAGGCGAAAACGACUCGAAGCAAUCGGAUGAAUUUCAGGCCAGAGUUAUCGGAAAUUCCUUCAAAUUAAAGGUGAUGGUUGAGGUGAUAUUCAAUUAUUAGUAGAAAAAUAUUGUUGCCAUAGUGAAUAUCUUUAUUUUAUACCCAAGCAUUGUUAGUUAUGGGGUUUCGUUCACUUUAACGAAACGGGUGUCCUUAUGGAUAUUGCUAUUUUGCUUUAGUAACGGAUGAGCUGUUGGAAGGAAAUCUAGGGAAAAGAAAACUAAAAAUACGAAUAACAAGAAUCUAUGUGUCGUGAAUUUUUAACAUAAAAAGCGAUCAGGUGUUUAAAACUAGGGACGCUUGUUUAAAAAAAGACAUAAGCUAUAAUCAAAACUAUUCUAAAGAAAAUUUUUCUUAGUUGCAAGUUAGAGUGGAUAUCUUUAUUUUAGACCUAAUUAUUGUUGAUAGUUAUAGGGCUCACUCAAUCGAAACUCAUCUCAACCGACCCGAAAAUUAUAAACAAACAGUUUGACAUGUUUGAAGUGCAAGUAAACUCUAUGCAAACGUCUGUCAAAGCUGGCCGCGCACGAUCUGCAAUAUUAAAGGCCCUUGCCAAGUUUCUUUUUCCAGCCAUCUGAAUGCGGUUCUUAAUAACUCACUGCUGGCGCUCUGCUAGUAAAAUUCUAAUGACUCAAGCAUAUUUGCCUGCAGCUUAAUGUGUUGAAUUUGCCGAAUUAUUGGAACUUACAGGAAUGUUAAUGAAGAAAACGUCAUCCUUGUUGCACCGACGACAUAUUAAGACCUAAAAAGUCAUUAAAAUGGCCCGGUUUCACCUGGCUUAUUAUAGUUCGACUUAAUGUUUGUUUGAAAAACUAGACAACUUUGCUGAAUCCUUUUUCCUCGUCUGGUACGACUAAAAACAUAAUUAAUUUUUUCCUCAAAGUUUUGUGUAAAAAGUUGAUAAAAAUUGAAACAAGAAGAAUGUACAAAAGUCAUUAUCUCACAUCCAUAACAGACAACAAAAUUACCAUAGCCCACACAGUUUGAUGUGUUUGCCUACUGUUUUUAACUUCCUUCACUACUGAAAACUCAUUAAAAUCGUCAGUGAGUUAGUUUCAACAGGCUCAUUAAAGUUCGGUGUCAGCUUGAAACACUUCAUUGUUUUUGCUAAACCCUGAGUACAACUUUUAAGAACAAUAUAAAACUCAUCUCUUUUGAUUCUGUUUGAAACACGGAUCGUGAUAAUUGCAGGACGGUGUGAAAAUUACAGAAGAAUUCGCAAAUAAAAUAACCCCGUCAAAGCACUUGCACUGAGAUGGUCAUGACGUUUUCGUGCGUUUUCCCUUUACCCUAAUUGAGUCCUACUUGUUGUAAACAUGUGGAUAUCUUUUUCAGCCAACUUAACCAUACGCGUGGUCAGUACGUAGUGCAUAUACACCUGAUUGCAAUGAAGAUGUCUUAGAAAAAUGGUAAAGGAGAAAUAAAAAUCAAAAAAGCCAAAUAGGCGUUUUGGGGGCAUAGAAGCGAAGACAGCACGCGUAUAUUGAAAAUAAAUUCACCAUAUAGUGGUUUAACGGUAAGCCUUAUUAAUUUCGAUUUGUAUUUCCAUUUUUUUAAUUUCAAUUCCUUUUAGCUAAUUUAACUAUGACAACGUUAUAGCAAUUAGGUGUAUAUACAGUAUAUCGCUUAAUUUUUGGGAAGGAGUGGUGGCUCUGUUACAGUAAACUUUAAAAAAUCUUGAGUUAUGGGAAUUUCCUUCAAAUUGCUGCAAUGUCAAGAUGCCAAUGCGCCGCCAACAUAAGACCUAAAAAGUUAUUAAAAUUAUCCUUGAGUUUAAGUUUCACCUGUGACAUAACACCUGGCUCAUCAUAGUUCGGUCAGCUAGAUACAAUAAGUACCAAGACAACUUUGCUCGACCUUUCUUGGCCCUGUGAGCUUUCUUUUACGUUUAGUUAAGAGUUUUUGCUCGUUUAUGACAAUAAAUUACGUCUGAUCAUUAAUACGCGACAAAACGUAUAUAGCCCGUUUAGGUAAGUGGUCUUGACUGUAGAGAUGUCGAAAUGAUAUCAGCUUUCACCCAAAGUUAAAUAGUAUAUUUAAAUAAAACUCUCACUUGCAGGUCAUUGCGCCGAAGAGGAAAAUGGCCCUGAAAAAUUUUACUGGAGACGAAAACCAUAAAACUGCCCAAGAACUGUUCUGCUCAGCUGAAUUUGUCAGAGGUGUAGAGAGCGAGCUUAUAUUCCUUUCAGCUCUAAAUAUCUUUUUUUUCCGUCACUGCAUUUCUGGGGAACACUCUGAUCCUAGUUGCUCUGCUCAAGGAAACUUCACUUCAUCCGCCGUCUAA